GGUUUCUCAAGCGGAGAGACUGAGUACUUUGCGCGAAACCGGAUGGUCCGUUGAGCGAAUACGAGACAUACGUGGCACCGUUACUAAUUGCGACUUCCAGGGUUUGUUGUUGUGGUUACUACAGUCUAUGAAGUUUAGGAUAGGGCCUAUCUGUCGACGCAGUUGUUCUAAAUUAUUAUAGCAGCUUGAGUCGCUUUCGUCAAUUGCGACUGGGCUAGGCCCCUAGGUCGUUUCAGGAGAAAUGGCUCAGCUUGCACAACAGUUAAUUGCGCCCAUAGCUCAAAUAUCGGAUCAGCGGCAGAAGUCGGAAGCAUACAAGGGAGCGCUUCACCAGAUCUUGGAGUCAGGCCAGCUCGAUGCGUGCAAGGAGUUCGUAAAUCAUAUGCUUACAGAUGAAGUGCCGCUGGUCAUCAGUCGACAGCUGCUGCUGCUGUUCGCUCAGGGCAUUGCAAAGCUGCCCGAUGCAACGCACGUGGCGGUGGCGACCGCCGCCCUGGAUCGGCUGCAGCCCCGGCUGGUGUCGUUUGAGGACAGUGUGGUGCUGCUGCGGGAGCACCUGGCGGAGGUGCUGGAGCGGCAGGAGCAGUGGAGCAAGGCGGCGCAGGUGCUCUCGGGUAUCGACUUGGAGUCGGGCAGUCGGGCGGUUGAGCCGUCGUACAAGCUGAGUAAGAACAUCAAGAUCGCCAUGCUUUACCUCGAGGAUGACGACUCUGUGAAUGCGGAGAUGUACAUCAAGAAGGCGGCGGCGCUCAUCAGCGGCUGCAAGGACGAGGGUCUGGAGCUGCAGUACAAGACCUGCUACGCCCGCAUCCUGGACGCCAAGCGCCGAUUCCUGGAGGCGGCACUGCGCUACUACGAACUGUCGUCCGUACGACCCUCGCCGGGGAGUGCCGUACAGCUGGACGAGUCGGACCUGGUCACCGCGCUGCGCUCCGCCAUGCUGUGCACCAUCCUGGCGCCCGCGGGGCCGCAGCGGUCGCGCAUGCUGGCGGCGCUGUACAAGGACGAGCGCAGUGCCCGGCUGGGCGACCUGUUCCCCUUCCUGCAGAAGGUCUACCUGGAGCGCAUCCUGGACAGGGCGGAGGUCGAAGCCUUUGCCAAGCAGCUCAAGCCGCACCAGGUAGCCCAGGUGGGGGGCAGCAGCGGCGGCACGGUGUUGGACCGCGCGGUGGUGCAGCACAACCUGGCGGCGGCAUCCCGGCUGUACGACAACAUCGGCACGGACCAGCUGGGCGGGCUGCUGGGGGUGAGUGCGGAGGCGGCGGAGGCCAUCGCGGCGGACAUGGUGGCGGAGGGGCGCAUGGCGGGCAGCAUAGACCAGGUGGACCAGCUCAUCUACUUCGGCCCCAAGGUGGAGGUGGGGGCGCUCAUGCGCUGGGACGACUCAAUCCGGGCCGCAUGCGCAAAGGUGGGGGAGCUGGUGGACGCUGUGACAGCGCUGGGGCUGACGGGAGGGGCGGCGGCAGCAGCCCGGUAGGCAGGAGGGAACACGAGGAGGGGGAAAUUACAUGAGGAGUACAGGCACUGGAGUCUCAAGCAACCGGAGGAGGGGGCCGAUAGGGGGACGAUAGGGGGAGGGGGAGAAGAAAGUGUACGGCAAAAAGGAGGAGGGCCAAGACGCCCAAGGAGGGGGUCGACGAGUUUUCUUGUAUGGUACAGCAGAAGUAGGCAUGGGGGUCUGUGGCAGGAUGAUGCGGGUCGAGUGGGUGGUGUGGGAGAGGUAUGGGGUGCGUCGAGAAACCUGACAUUACGAGUAGGAGUGUGUGUGUAUAGUCUUGGUGGGUUGUUAUCGGUACUCAUAAUACUAAGGUAAAUUGCUCAACAUGACAUAUGAUGUGUACAGCGGGUAUCCGUUUUCCGGUUGCUUGUCAUGGUUUAGUGUGGGAAGGGCCAGGGCGGGACCGCGGGCCGGCCACACAUGCGUACAUGGCUGCCAGCGUGCCGCAUAGGUGCUGCAUGAACGGG